AUGACUAUUAUAGUCUUUUUAAUAGAUACAUCAGCUUCUAUGAACCAAAGAGCUUAUUUGGGCGGACGCCCAACGUUGCUCGAUGUAGCCAAGGGCGCUGUGGAAACGUUCGUAAAGGUUCGUCAACGAUCUCCUGAAAGCAGAGGCGAUAGAUAUAUGCUUCUAACUUUCGAAGAGCCACCCGCGAACAUCAAGGCUGGUUGGAAGGAGAAUUUGGCUACUUUUAUCAAUGAAUUAAAGAAUUUGCAGUGCCUUGGUUUAACAACGAUGGGAGCUGCUCUCAAGCAUGCUUUUGAUGUUUUAAAUAUAAAUCGCAUGCAGACUGGAAUAGAUACGUAUGGACAGGGAAGAUGUCCCUUUUAUCUUGAACCUUCUGUCAUAGUUGUGAUUACAGAUGGAGGAAAGUUAUCAAGCAAUGCUGGCAUCCAAGAGGAGUUUAAUUUACCGAUGAAUUGUCCUAUUCCUGGUUCCGAGCUUACUAGAGAGCCUUUCCGAUGGGACCAACGUUUGUUUUCUUUGGUUCUGAGGCUAGCGGGAACUCCGGCUGUAGAAAGAGACUCCGGUCUUGUGCCCUCUGAUUCAUCACCUAUUGAUGCUAUGUGUGAGGUCACUGGUGGUCGCUCAUAUUGCAUCACAUCCCAUCGUAUGUUGAUGCAGUGUAUAGACAGCUUGGUCCAAAAAGUCCAAAGCGGUGUGGUUAUCAACUUUGAAAAGAUAGGGCCAGAUCCACCUCCCAUAGAUGGUGGGAUCAGGGAGGGAGAACCAGAGGAAAUUACCCAAGAAGAUAAAGAAAUGGAUAUUGAUGAAAGAAAUGGGCGUUGGAAUGGAAAUUCAUAUCAAACAGGAAUACCCAACCAGGCAAGCACACCAGCAGCUUGGCAUUCAUGUCGACGACUUAUCUAUGUACCAAGAACUGUCUCACAGAAAGGCUUUGCAGUUGGCUACUGGCCUAUACCCGAGUCAUUCAGACCAGAUCCUAAUGCCGGUACUUUGCCUCCUCGGUCAGCUCAUCCUGUGGUCAAAUUCACUUGCUCCAGUCAAGAACCAAUGGUCAUAGAUAAUUUACCAUUUGACAAAUAUGAACUUGAACCCAGUCCACUUACACAGUUUAUUUUGGCAAGGAAGCAACCAACUAUUUGCUGGCAGGUAUUUGUUGCUAACAGUGGCUGCAAAAACUCUGAAGUCAGUCAUCCAUUUGGUUACCUGAAAGCAUCAACGAACCUGACUUGCGUCAACUUGUUUGUGUUGCCUUAUAACUACCCAGUGCUUUUACCGUUGUUGGAUGAUUUGUUUAAAGUUCAUAGAUGUAAACCUACGCCAGAAUGGAAAAUGGCCUUUCAGCAGUAUUUGGAUCGCAUGCCAUCGUAUUAUGUUACGCCACUCCGGCGGGCAUUAACGAAAAUGGGAGCGUCAACGCCGUUGGUGCAGAGCUUGAUUCCUGACACACAAGACAACUCACUGAGCUUCUGUGUUUUAAACUAUUUGAAAAGACUGAAAAACCAGGCGAAAAUUGAAUUUGAAAAGCUUUGUGCAGAUGUUAUAAACAAGGCGUCGACUGGAAAUAACCAGAAGGUGGCAGAAAGCGUGCGGGUAAUGCCUCGAUCUCCUCUUAAGAAAGAUCUAACAACGCAUCCGUGUCUACAAGACAAGUUUACGGCACUCAGGGAUCAGUUGAACGAAUUCGGCGGUUUUGUUGUGGGUCUAUCGCGUGGACGACAUAAAACACAAGCCCAUACGUAUAGAAACCCUUUUGAUAUACAGAGGCGAGAUUUAUUGGAUCAGGUGGUGAGAAUGCGUGCUAAUUUCCUUCAGCCGUCAUUAGCGCAUACACGUUUAGUAGAUGAAGAUAGUUUACAUUCGAUGCCUGUUGCUCAAAUGGGUAAUUACCAGGAAUAUCUAAAACGUAUGACGCCGCAAUUACGAGAGAUCGAAUCGCAGCCCGUGAGACAACAUAUGUUUGGAAAUCCAUUUAAGAUAGAUAAGCGUAUGAUGGUGGACGAGGCGGACAUAGAUCCCUUGGGAGCGGUGCGGGGCGCCGCUGGCGGCGGUGUCGGUGGUAAGCGGGGCGCGGAGAGCCCACGGGCGGUGCCGCCUAAAAGGAAGGCAGGACCCAUACCGCACCACGUGGUGGCGAGGCGGCCGUCUACACCGACCGUGAUCACACAGCCGAUGUCGCCUCAGCCGCCACUCACACCGCCGCCCGCCGCUCCACUGUCGCCUGUAACGUCACGGAGACCGGCAUCACCACUGGCGCCGGUACCAUCAGAUCUACCUUCAGGGAGACCACCUGAGGAGCCUCCUUGCCCGGACGGCGGUCCGCCCUCUCCGGCACCACCGCCAGCCGCGCCCGCUAACCUACCACCAGUUGUCAAGCCUUUUCUUAAUGGGGAUGCCUAUACAACGAUGGGUAAAAUGGCGAGGUCUCCUUCCCCACCAGCGGAGGCGUCUUUGCCGUCACCGUCUCACGAUUCUCAAGAGCUUCAGAUAAACGCUAUCAUACAGGGCAUAGCGGCAGAGAACAAUUUCAUAGCAAGAGAAAGGAAGAGAAGACGGAAGAGCGAGCGUCACGAGCCGCCGGUGCCGCCUCAGCCGACAGCAAAGGAAUUGGCUGAGAUCAAGAAACACAAUCUGUGUGUGAGGGCUGAUGUGUACCGAGCUGUAAGGAGGCCAGGGAGAGAUUUCACAAAGCUGUUCGAAUACUUAAAACAAUUACAAGGUAGUGUUGAUAUAAAGAAGGAGGUGAUACGUGACGUCAUCAGUGAAUCGUUACGUUUCAAAAGGAAGGCUCUGGCCAAGUUGUUGGAAGACUUUAUAGCGGGUCUAGAGAAGAACGGGAACAGUGUGUCAGUUAACUUGAAGAGGAUGAACUCGUACAGCAACUCCAACCACAGCUAG